UGCAGUGUAGUUUAUAGAAAUGAGUUAACUAGCAAUUCCAGAUGUUAAGCUCAGAAAUGGUCCCUCGUCUUGCAAUAACUAAAACUAAUCCUUCACAUUUUCAAUGCUUAUAAAAACACCGAACCACUUCCACCCGAUCAUUUUAGCUUCUGAGAUAGCAUACACGCGCGAUUCAAAAUUACCCGUAAUAACUAGGUUUAGUGCAAGGUGCUUGAACAAGGACAUGGGUGUAGAUGAUAGUUUGCUUGCUAAGGAUAGAAAACGUGCCAAUUUUCGAUUAUGCAGCUUGUCAAGUUACACCUCUGAAAUACUGGAGAUACAAGCUGAUGCUCCAAGUUUGCAUGUUCUGUUUGUUCCCGGAAAUCCAGGUGUUGUUUUAUUCUACAAGGACUUUGUGGAAUUUCUAUAUGAGCUUCUUGGGGGAACUGCAUCUAUCACAGCUAUUGGCCAUGUCUCUCACUCACGAAAGGAUUGGGAGCAUGGAAGAUUGUUCUCUUUAGAAGAGCAAAUCGAUCAUAAGAUUGAUUUUAUCAGAGAGGAACUGCAAAAUAUCAAGAUUCCUAUAAUACUGGUUGGGCACUCUAUUGGUUCAUACAUAUCUAUUGAAAUGUUCAAGAAGUCUCUAGAGAAGGUGAAAUACUGCGUUGGACUUUAUCCAUUUUUAACAUUAAACCCAAACUCAACAGCACAGUUAAUUAUUGCAAAAAUUGCACAAUCACAAAUUCUAGCUGCUGCUGCUAGCUACUUAAUAGCAUCGUUAGGAUUGUUACCAGUCAAGACUUUGAGGUUUAUUGUCAGAAAAUCCCUUGGGAAGUCAUGGUCUGCCAAUGCAGUUGAGGCUGCAUGCUCUCACUUGUCACAGUACCAUACCAUGCGAAAUGUCCUCUAUAUGGCCUUGACUGAAUUCAAAAAGUUAGCAGAGACACCAGAUUGGGCAUUUUUAAGAGAAAGGAAGGAUCAGUGUGCAUUUUUAUUUGGUGUUGACGAUCACUGGGGCCCGCUUCAAAUGCUUGAAGAGAUCUCAAAGCAGGUUCCAGGUAUUGCCUUGUCAAUUGAACGGGAAAACCACACCCAUGGUUUCUGUUGCACUGAGCCUGGUUCAUUAUGGGUGGCUCAGCAUGUGGCAAACUUAAUUAAGAAUCAGAUGGCUUGUACAAACCAAUGAGAUCUGGCUCUUUGGCUAAUGGCUUGAAUAAUUACAAUAAGCAGAAGUACCAAUGGUACCCAGAAAAGAAGAGAAGGGUUCAGAUGAGAAGAAAAUAAUUCACACAUUCAACAUAAUAAUUUUUAUUCCUCCCUCUGAUUCUUAUGCUCCUUCUCAGUGCACAUAAUCCUUCAGCCUCGAUUUUAUUAUGUGCUUACUCUCCUUCCUAUGAUUCCCGGAUCAAUAACCAUAUUGCUGCUUGAUGCAUUUUGCCUACUACACGUGGCUCUUUCAGUGUUUGGGGUCAUUAUAUGCCUAUAGGCUGUUUUCAAUAUAUUUUCAUAAGCUCCUUAGAUUAACUUAUAGAAACAACUUACACAAAAGUUAUGUAUUGUAAAGUCUACCCUCAUUUUCUAGUUGAUUCUAAAAGCUGCCAUAUACAUAAACUCUUAUAUAAGCGCUCAUUGAAAAGCGCUUAAUUAAGUUUUUUA